GUCUCCGGGGUUCCGGGUUAUAAAGUCCACCCUGAUCAGCCGGGGAUCAGAGUCUCCCCAGAUCGUGAGGAUGCGGGUCAUGAGGCCUCCAACCUUCCUCCUGCUACUCUGCGGGCUCCUGAGCCUGACCGAGACCUGGGCGGGCUCCCACUCCCUGAGGUAUUUCUACACCGCCGUGUCCCGGCCCGGCCGCGGGGAGCCCCGCUUCAUCUCCGUCGGCUACGUGGACGACACGCAGUUCGUGCGGUUCGACAGCGACGCCGCGAGUCCGAAGGAGGAGCCGCGGGCGCCGUGGAUGAAGCAGGAGGGGCCGGAGUAUUGGGAGCGGAACACGCGGAUCUACAAGGAAGCCGCACAGACUUUCCGAGCGAACCUGAACACCCUGCGCGGCUACUACAACCAGAGCGAGGCCGGGUCUCACACCCUCCAGAGGAUGUGUGGCUGCGACUUGGGGCCGGACCGGCGCCUCCUCCGCGGGUACAGUCAGGACGCCUACGACGGCGCCGAUUACAUCGCCCUGAACGAGGACCUGCGCUCCUGGACCGCGGCGGACACGGCGGCUCAGAUCUCCCGGCGCAAGUGGGAGGCGGCCGGUCAUGCGGAGCGCUGGAGGAACUACCUGGAGGGCAGGUGCGUGGAGUGGCUCCUCAGAUACCUGGAGAACGGGAAGGAGACGCUGCAGCGCGCGGAUCCCCCAAGGACACACGUGACCCACCACCCCAUCUCUGACCAUGAGGUCACCCUCAGGUGCUGGGCCCUGGGCUUCUACCCUGCGGAGAUCGCCCUAACCUGGCAGCGUGAUGGGGAGGACCUGACCCAGGACACGGAGCUUGUGGAGACCAGGCCUGCAGGGGACGGGACCUUCCAGAAGUGGGCAGCUGUGGUGGUGCCCGCUGGAGAGGAGCAGAGAUACACGUGCCAUGUGCAGCACGAGGGGCUGCCUGAGCCCCUCACCCUGAGAUGGGAGCUGCCGCCUCAGUCCACCAUCCUCAUCGUGGGCGUCCUUGCUGGCCUGGGUCUCCCUGUCGUUGUGGUGGCUGGAGCUGUGACCUGGAGGAAGAAGCGCUCAGGUGAAAAAAGAGGGAGCUACGUGCAGACUGCAAACAGUGACAGUGCCCAAGGCUCUGAUGCAUCUCUCACGCAGAAAGUGUGAGACAGUGGCCCUGUGGGAGACCAAGUGAUGCAAGAUUUGUUCAUGCUCCCACUUUGUGACUUCAGAUGCCCUCACUUCUCUUUCUGCAGUUGGCAUCUGAGUGUGUGUGGUCCUAUUAGCAUAAUGAGAGGAGGUGGGGAGACAGGCCCACCCCUGCCCACCAUUACCCAACCUGUUCCCAACACUGACCUUUGUGCUUUCCCUGAUCUAAUUUCCUGUUCCAGCAGAUGUUGGGCUGGGCCGUCUCCAUCCCUCUUAACUUCCUGUUGCACUGAGUAGUGAUCAUUUGCUUCCUUGCUGAAAAUAGGAAUCCAGAUAUGAAUUUUUCUAAUUCUUCUCAUAAGAGAUUGAUGUGUUAAUUAAAGAAGAAGAUUCCUAAAGUUUGAGAGGUAAAAUAAAUGGAAGCACUGAGAACCUUCCGAAA